GAGGGCCGGCUAAUUCGGAGACUUGUUUGCCUCACAGAACGCGUCGAAGAUCUCAUUGCAGAGUUCAAUCGAUGUGUCACCUCGGGGUUGGAAUCAGAUACUGACGAUACUAGCUCAAAUAAUACUGAAGACGAUCGGAGGUACAGAUCAUAUAAGAAGUUGGCGACUUGGUGUCCAUCCGUUCGUAAACUUCUAACCUCAGUGGCUGAAAAUGGCGAGCUCUGUCACAUAUACAGCAAGCUGAAUAAAGGUGCCGAUGGAGCCAGGGCUGACGAUACGACACGGCUUAAAGUCACCGUUGCAUCUUGGUUGAUGCAACUUACCCCAUCACCAAGCCCCGUCAUUCACGGGCAGGACAAACUGGGUCGCGGAUUAAAUAACGAUGCGACUGGACGGCUCAUCUGUCCAGUCGAUUACGAUUGGAAUGACUUAGUUGUCCGACAGCACAUUAGGGACUACCACCCAGACUAUCGCGUCACAGCUUACUCUUGGCCAGCUUUCUUGUACAAGGAUGAACAAUACGAUCCACAAAACCCUACGGAUGGCCUGUUUAAAGGCAAGCUGCUUUUAAAGACAUUCAAAUAUAUUUUCACAUCUCCUACUUCUGCGGAGACGGAAGAUCAGGAGGAGCUUAGCCCGGAUAAUAUUUCCACACAAGGCCACCCAAAGCAACGGAGGACUUCUGGCGAGCGUCGCACCCGCUGCAAUCUCAGGUUCGCCUUGUCCAGUACGGGAUCGUGGCGAGUUAUCGAUGACGAGUUCAACAAUCAAGAGUUCUACGAUAACAUUGUCGACUUCCUCGAGCUUCCCAUGACACCAGAUGCAUCCAAGGAAGUCGACGACCUACUACUUUGGUGGAACCGCAGGGUUUUUGGACGCAAACAUGUAUCUGCCUGUCGUCCCCAACGAGUCCAACAGCUAUCUGUUGCUCAGUGUUCAGGCAGAUGUUAG